AUGCGUGGCGUAGUUUUCACGGGAGACAAGGAAGUCGAAAUCCGCACGCUGCCGGAUCCACACCCCGGGGCCGGCGAAGUGGUUAUCCAGAUGAAAGCCUCCGGCCUGUGCGGGAGCGAUCUGCGGCACUACCGGGCGCCCAAAGCCGAGCGCGGGGACCCGACGAACUUGAAGGUCGCCGGGCAUGAGCCUUGCGGGGUGAUCGCCGAGAUCGGGGCCGGCGUUACUGAGCUUGCAGUAGGUGACCGCGUGAUGAUGCACCAUUACACCGGCUGCCGAGCGUGCACGAUGUGCCGCAUUGGAUACACGCAGAUGUGCCUUCAUGGAUCGGUGGUAUACGGCACCGGAGCGAACGGGGGACACGAGGACUACCUGAUCUGUCCGGCGUACACAUGCGUCAAGAUGCCGGACGGGCUUGAUUUCGACGAAGGGUCGGCGUGCGCGUGCGGAACGGGGACAGCGUUCUGGGCGUUGAAGCGGUUGAAUCUUUCCGGCGACGACACGCUGGCGAUUUUCGGUCAGGGGCCGGUGGGAGCCAGCGGAACGAUGUUCGCCAAAGCGAUGGGCGCGCGGGUGAUCGCGGUAGACGUGGACACGGAACGACUGGAGCUGGCGCGAAGCCUGGGAGCCGACGUUUGCAUUGACGCCGGAACGCAGAACCCGGUGGAGGCGAUUCGCGAGUUGACGCACGGCGAGGGAUCGCCGGCGACCCUGGACUGCACGGGCCGACCGGAGGCUCGGAUCAACGCGGUGGAUUCGGCGAUGCUGUGGGGCCGGGUGUGCUUCGUGGGCGAGGGCAAUACCACGACUUUCGACGUCAGCCCGCAGAUCAUCCACAAGCAGCUGACCAUCGUCGGGUCGUGGACGUUCAGCCUGAACGGACUGGCAGAGGUCGCGCGGUUCGUGGUGGACCGGAAGGUCCCGCUGAAGGACCUGUUCACCCACCGGUUCACGCUGGACGAGGCAGACGCGGCCUACAAGCUAUUUGAAGCCGGCGGGACGGGCAAAGUCUGCUUUACCUGGGCAUGA